AUGUCUACUUCUGUCAAUCCCCAAACCUCCUCCCCAACAGGCGGAGAGCCCGGUCGUCCUCCCGGCAACAUUAUACAAACAGAUCGGUCUAUGGAUCGUCACCAUGGAGCAUCCGUCGAAGACUACAGCCGCAUCAUGCUCGAGUAUACCCAACGUCGCAUGGCCGGCUUCGCAGACACAAGCGACAAAGGAUACGCUAGCAGUCGCAGCAGCAGAGCCAGCAAUGGCAGCGGCCAGAGCGGCAAGUCCACCAGCGGCGGCUUCGCUAGUCAAGCAGCCGGUCAAGUCCCGCUGAAUUUCCGCCACAACAGCGACGACGAUUCCAGUGCUCUCGCCGCCGGUCCCGCAGUAUAG